UCUCUCUCUCUCUCUCUCUCUCUCUCUCUCUCUCUCUCUCACACACACACACACACACAAGUCCACAACGAAGAAGAAGAUGGGCUCGAAGGAGGAAGGAGACCGGUGGCAGAUGAAGCUGAAGGAAGAACUGAUCAAAGCGCAGCAGUUGGCGACUCGCCUGAUGGAGGUGCUGCAAUCGGGUCCCGGGGAAGAAUCGCUCGUCGACCAGGUUCUGAGCGCCGUCUCCAAAGCUCUCGUUAUCCUGGACGCCGAGGGUAAAGCUGCGGCGCCACUUGGUGAUGAGCACGGAACCGAAAUCUCUGGCCUGAAGAAGAAGAAGAUCCUACUUCCUCGAAGAGUCGGAUACAGAAGGAGAGCACAUCCAUACAAAUGCAGAACCAUCUUGGCCGUGACGAACGAAGAUGGCUAUGCGUGGCGGAAGUACGGGCAGAAGGACAUCCAUGGUGCUGCUCAUCCAAGAAGCUACUACCGCUGCAUCCACAAGCACGACAGGGGGUGUCAGGCCACCAGGCAAGUCCAGAAGACGGAGGACGACGCCUCUGUCUUCUCCAUCACCUACAUGGGAGAACACACCUGCGCGGACGCGGCCACGCUGCCGGUGCAAGUACCACCCUGCGUCAUCAGUUUCGAAUCGAACACCGCCGGCCAAGGAGUUCCUUCGCUGAAGCAGGAGUGCGACGAGGAAGUGGUGAGCAGUCACUCACCAGCCGACGAUUCUUCCUCGGUGUUCCCGGACUUCUCCGCGUUCAUGGUGUCCGCUGCUGCGGCCGCGGACCAGUACGACGUCACGUCGGUCUUCAGGUCUUCCACCUGCAGCUUGGACAUGGAGUUCGAUCCGGAGACGUUCAACUUCGACGGCGUGUUUAGCCAGGGCGAUGAGUACAUCAGUUAAGAGGGGCGGCUGCUGCUGCUGCUGCUACCACCUCAAGUGUAGUAACAUAUAAUAUGAGUUCCUGUACUCUUAAGACAACUUUAGAUUAAAUAUUGCUUCGCAAAAGCACUACAUUCCCUUAGUGCGUGUGGAUAUUUAUCU